UAUGUUUGAUAUGAUUUGUUUAUAUUGUAGAGUAGUUUAUGCCUACAUGAGGCGGUAGCACAGUUAAAAUACAAUCUGUCCAACCGAAUCCGCUGCUGUUCCAAUUUCAGGUGCGCCCUCCCGAUCUCGGAAGUUUGUACUUGGAAGUCCGAACUUUGCGUACUUGGUAGUGAGAAGCGGCUAAAGUUUCUACAGGGGUUUUUUUUGGGCAAGAGGAGGUCUUUAGCCAAUGAUGACAAAGGGGCAGGAGUCAGGUCUGUAUCUGAUGAGGAGGACAUUUUACUGUCAGAGUAAGGCAUAAAACUGCUGGCCUAAGACAUGAACCUGAAGAGAGGGAGAGAAAGGGAGACAGAGGAGCUGGUCAAGCUCUCUUACAUCACUUGGAUAUCAUACAAUGGACUCUAACAUGUUGACGAGAGAACUUUAGCCAAUUAGAGAGAAGGGGCAGGAGCCCGGGCCCCUGAGGGCCCCCUCCUGUCUGCUCCUGAGGCUGUAUCUGGUGAUGAUGACAAUGUACUGUCAGGGUGAGGCAUAAAGCUGCCCCACACAUCACCCUGAACAGAGGGAGAGAAAAAGAGACAGUGAUUGAAAUACGAAAGAGAGAGGACCUGGUCAAGCUCUCUAACAUAACUUGGAUACAAACAAUGGACUCUAACAUGACUAUUGUGAGACCAGCAUACUUCGUGAUCAGUGGCUUUUCAGGAAUCCCUCAUGUUGACUACUACUAUUUAUUUUUACUGGUGCUCUACAUCAUGUCAGUGGUGGAAAACAGUGUAGUGAUGGCCUUGAUAUGCUUAGACCAGAGUCUCAAGACUCCAAAGUAUAUUGCUGUGUUUAACUUGGCGUUUGUAGACGUGGUCGGCAGUUCCUCCCUGGUGCCCAAGGUUAUCGACACGUUCUGGUUCGACCACAAGUACAUCACGUACAGCAACUGCUUAACUUAUGAGUUUUUUAAUUAUAUGACCCUCACCAUGCAGUCUCUUAAUCUGGUUGUACUCUCCUUCGACAGGCUAGUGGCGAUCACCUUUCCAUUACGUUAUCAGAUCAUUGUGAGUCUGAAGACCAUGUUCUCACUGAUAGCUGCUUGCUGGAUUAUUGCCAUCCUUGUCAACUUGAUAGCUGUAGGGCUUCUAACACGACUGUCCUACUGCAGGUCUGUUGUUAUCGACAGCUAUUUCUGUGACCAUGCACCACUCUAUCGACUCGCCUGCAAUGACAAUCGGCCUAAUUAUAUACUUGCCAAAGUGUUACCAGCUAUUAUUCUUUGGGUUCCAUUGCUGUUUGUCUUGAUCACUUACACGUCCAUUGGUGUUGCUCUGUCUACAAUAGCUGGAGCCCAUGAUAGAAUGAAGGCUUUCAAAACAUGCAGUGCUCACAUGAUUUUAGUGGCAAUCUAUUACUUACCAAUUCUAUUCACUUUGGCUUUGUAUGCUAAAGUGCCUCCAAAUGUCAGGAUCAUUAAUAUGUCUCUCGCUGCUGUCCUACCUCCAGUGUUGAACCCACUCAUUUAUGUUUUACAGACUCAGGAAAUUAAACAGUCUCUGAAAAAGGUGUUCAAAAGAAUAAAACGAUCAAAAAUUGCUAUGAAAUAGAAGAUCCAAAUUUAAUAUUUUAUUUAAGAUAUUGUGUUGUAUGGUGCAUAAUUUGAUACGUUUAUUGUUGAAUGCAAGUGAGGGAUUACAUGCAAGUAUGUAAAUGUCAUUGACUUCUGCAAUAUGUAAGAUUGAGGCCCUCACAGUUAGUAGGCGAGAGACUUUCAGCUCAAUAACAGAGUUCUGUUCACUCUAACUGCUCUAAUAGCUCGGCAAGCCGGGAGGCCUCAGUGGGAGGGGUUAGGGACUGUUGAUAUGAAGCAUCUUGCAAACAGAGGUAUGGUCUGGCAAACAUUGUUCAUAGCAACUAUAUUGGUUUGAGGAUGCUAUCGUUUAUAUUAUUGACAUUUUUCCUGCCGAUAAAAUGACAGAAUUACCAAAUAAUUAGCUCAAUAUCAUUACAUUUUGCACAUUGAAUGUGUCUUGUUUACAUUGAGAACAGCCUAGCACAUGAUUCUGUUUGUACAAUAAAGUGUAAAAACUAUUUUAAAAUAACCAGGGGCAUUUAUUAUGUGUAAAUAAAUCAAAGUGAAAUAUAAAAAAGGGUUAAGGCUUUUCUUUUAAAUUAAAAGACUUGCGUUACUGUGUAUAUACGAUUGUCUGAGGUUUGUACAUAUCUUAAUCCAGGCUUAUCAUAUGUUUGGUUUAAUAAAGUAUUUCUAAGCAGAAAGAAUGUCUCUGACAAGAAUCAACUAACCCAGGGCUUUGGUCAUGCAAGCAAGAAAAAUAUUGUGUCCGGGCGGGACCUCUUCUCCUUCUUUGGUUUAUUGGCGGCUGGCAAACCAAUGUUAAA